AUGUCUGAACAACGUCCGCAACAGCCUAGUUUGGUUAGGCUAGCUACUAAAAAUGGGCCGUUGGCUCAGAUUUGGUUGGCAUCGACCCUUACGAACCUGAAUAGGUCGUAUUUGAAAACAGACAUUUUACAGUCGGUGCAAGAAAUUUCUAAGGUUACUAGUUCUGAACUCGAUGAUACUAGUGUAGAGCCUAUUACUUUGCGUGUUUCUGGUGAGUUGUUGCAUGGUGUGGUAAGAGUAUAUUCUCAAAAGGCCAAUUUUCUUCUUUCUGAUAUUUCAGAUCUUUUACACAAGCUGAAGUCGGUGUUCAGAGGUAAUGUACAAAAAAGUAUCAUGGUUCAUGUUGAUACUGUUUCGAAGUUAGAUCAGCUAAUUUUGCAAGAUACGGUAACAGAAAUGGAUGUCCUAAUUACUCCAAGUUUAGAUUUUCUACGAGAGACUAGCAUUCCUCAGGGAUUAAUGGGCCGCGAACAUUCUAUGGAAAGACAAGUACAAGGUGCUAAUGCUGCAACAGCUCCUUGGGACAUGUCCCUUGAAGUUGGUAGGAGAUUUGCACCGGACGAUGAUUUGGAACAACAAACUUCACAAUUGGAUUUGAACUUCGAACUGGGAGACACUAACAACUCGAAAUCUUGGGGUGAAGGAACUCACAUGUCUGAUCAAUUUCAAAUUAGUUUAGGUGAUGACAAUAAAGAUGAACUCCCCUCCGAUAAUGACAGCAUGGACUGGGAUUUGGGCGUAGUUGAGCAAGAAAGUUCUGGCGCAGACGAUGGUAACAAGAGCGUGGAACUCGGUCGUAGGGCCACACACGAUACUGCGUUACAUGAUACCACAGACUUUGACUUUGACUUGGGUAUAGAAAAGGAUCCAUUCGAAGCCACUUUAGAACAGGAGCUAAGGGAACCCGAACCAAAAGUCCUAGAGGUAAGGCAUAAGAGGAACUCGGCACUGGUUAACGCAAAGAGACUUCAACAAGAUGAAGAAACAGAAUUAAAAGAGUUUCAGGUUAAGAAUGGCCUUUUGGAUGCUAUUUCUGCGAGCACUUCCACUGAUGUCUCUAAUGCAUUCACAAAGAAAAGAGGUUGGUCUGAGUUAGUGUCUAGUAUGGACUUUUUGCCUGAAUAUUCGAUCAACCACUUUUCGGCCUUCACAUUUUUAAAGAAACAAAAGCGAUCAACGGACACCCAUCCCGAGGCUUUUGAGAAAGGUUCCAUUCCACCAGUUUCUGAGGAUCCUUCGAUGGAUCUGUCUCUGGAACUUGACGAGAGCUUGGUCCAUCAAUCUGACAUAGAAGCCGGAACACAAGAGGGAAUAGAAGCAACUGACCAAUCUGGUAUUGAAGAACCAGGUCAGUUGAUUAGUGAUCUAGCUAGUGGACCAGCUGAUCUACACGAAUACUCUCAUAUAUCUAGUGAUAACUUUUCCAUCUCAAAUGGACAUACUCAAAAGGUUGAACUCAAUACUGGUGAACUGGUUUCGAAAUCCACCGUUGAUAUGGCCAACGCUAUAAGAAACGGUUUCAUAGGCAAUGAAGAUAUUUCGUUCGAUCAACUUCUGAAUUUUAGGUAUCGUGCUAGUGAAACACCGAUUACUAAGAGCCAAGCAGGUAAAGCAUUUUUUGAACUACUGGUAUUGGCAACUGCGGAUUGUAUUAAUCUCGAACAGAAGGCUUCCGAUGAUAUUAGAAUUACAAGCAAAGGAGCAUUAUUUGAAAAGUUCAUUGAAGUGUGA